AUGGCCACGAGACAGACAUCAACGAACCACAACCCCUACAGUCCGCGAAUGCCAGUCAGGAAAGAUCAGGUGAGAGACGGCUGCAUCUGGGGGGUUGACAUGCUUCAGGAAAGCAACUGGACGGCCACAAAAGGACAUUACGUGCAUACGGUCCCAGGACGGGAUACUCCGUACACUGUACGACAUGCUUCUCCUUCGACUUUCGGGAGUGGCGCCAAUCCCGGCGCAGCCUUUCCACUCUCGAGGAAUUCCUAG